AUGCCGCAGCUCGGCGCGCUCGGGGAGCAGCUGUGCACGGUGCUGGGCUUCAAAUGGUUCGGCACGCUGUUCACCACGGGGCUGCCGGCGGAGGUGGCCGUCGUGGCCUGGGGCCUGAUCGUGCGCGACGGGCUGGCGGCGCUGCUGCCGCUGGCGCUUGGCGUCUGCGCCCUGGCGCUGGAGCCGCGGCUGCAGCCUGCUGCGCUGGAGGCGGCCGACGAGGACCCGGAGGACGCGCUGGGGCGCGUGCAGCGGCAGCUGCCGGCAGACGCCGCGCUGCUGCUGCCCCCCGACGCGGCCGCGCUGCCUCCCGCGGCGGCCGCCGCGCAGGCCGCCGGGCGCGUGGCGCGGGCCGCGGAGCGCUUCGCGUGCACGCCAGAGGUGCUGGAGGGGCUGCUGGAGGGGUACCGGCGUCGCCACCCGGAGGAGGCGUCUGAGCUCGGCGCGGACUUCUCCUUCUGCCUGUCGAGGGCGCGCGGCCAGCCUGACGGGCUGCUGCGUUUCCACGCGCAGCAGCGUGCCUCGGCCGAACAGAGCACCCGGCGCGGUCGCGCGCGGUAUGCCCGUGCGCCCGAUCGGGCAGCGGCCGGGGCGCGCGCGCGCGCGCUGGUCAGGCUCGCGGUCUUCGGACGUUUUCGUUGGUUCUCGGCGGUUUUCCUGCCCUGG